UAACUCAUCACGUAAAAAUCCCGUCAUACAGGGUGAAAACGGGAAUGUUUUGACAAUACAGGGUGGUAACCGUAGUUCACCUGUAACACGGGGUGGCAACCGGAAUUUUUCGGACACACAGGGUGGCAACCGGAACUUUUCGGGCAUAUUACAGGGUGGCAAAUGCGACUUUUCUGGGAUGCAGGGUAACGCAUCCGAAAUGUGUCACAGUGGUAAUCGUGUGCAAGAUAGAUGUGAAAUGCCUAUCUCUCCCGAUGUUUUACGCAAUUUUCGAGAAAUUGCCGAUUUUGAGGCGAAAGCCAGUUUUUCAGGUACCAGUGAGUUUAAUACCGCCCAGGUGGAGGGCGAGCCUCACGAUUUAUGUUUCCUCCCUAGUCUGACUCUUUAUACAGCGGGAGUUGACUUCGACCACUUCAAACCGACGAUCCGUAUCCAGAUAUUGGGUCAUAGCGGCGUUGCUGUCAUGGACACAGGGGCUACGGACUGCCUAGCCAGUCCGAUGUUGUACCGGAAGUUGGUGGCAGGUGGCGUACGCUUCGCGGAGACGCAGCGAUCGAUCGGGUUAGCAGACGGAACGCGACAGGUACGCGAUGUCCUUAUAGGUGACGUGACUGUCGUCCUGCAGGGUCGAAAAAUAUUUACCACAUUCCUGGUGAUCCCUGGAGCCGAUACGAGAACGCUUCUAGGACGUGACUUCAUCAGAGACGCAGGUAUUGUUAUUGAUAUCCAGCAGGCAGCGUGGAGUUUUGCCGACACACCAGACCGGCGGUACGCUUUUGUACAGGAUCGUGUAUUUACCCCUACCGCCGACGCCGAGCUGAAGCGUGUCGAGGAGACCACGAAGCUGAAGCUGAGGACCAAGAGCAGUUGUUAUUGCCUCGGGGUAGCUUUGAAGCAGGGGGAGGGGCNAUGA